AAAAUAGCAAAUUUCUCCACACGGACACAGCAGCGAGAGAAGAGAGUCCACUGUCCACCCCACCAGAAAAACGCAUUCCGCAGACGCGCGGCGAGGGAGUAGGAGGGGACGGCGGGUGCCGAGGCCCGCAGGCACGGGGAAGCUACCUGCUUGCGUAGCCGGGCGGGCUCGCGCUGUGCUGUCGCUCCAUGUCGGUCGCCGGCGAGAGCGGCGGGGAUCCGGCGGCGGCACGCCGCCGGUGGGAUCUCUCCAACAAGGGCCCCGACAGCACUCCAAUGUUGAAAGAGGCUGUGGAAAUGUCUACAGAUGAAGAAUCGGAUGGCGUUGUUAUAUGCCAUCCGAAUGGUAACACUGAUGGAUGUGACGAAGCCAUUAGUGGCAGUCAUGAUGAUGAUAGCCCAGAAGGCCAGGAAACUAGUUCCAUCAAGGACCCUGAUGUAGAAGGUGACACACAGGAAGACAAGUGUGUAAAUCAAGAUUCACUGAAGUUGAUUGAUCAAGAGACGUCUGCUCCCCCCAAGUCCCCAGCGAAGUCCGCGACUGCGAGUUCUGGACCAGAGAAGCCUAAACGUGUUGUCACCCAACCAUUGUCUCUUUCUACUCAACGAAGGUCAUCUGGAGUAAAUGGUGGUGUGACCAAUCCAUCACCCAAUAAGGAUAAAUCUGGUGAUAAAAGUAGCAUCUCUCCAGCAAGCAUGACAAAGAAGUGUACGCCGUUGGCACCUAGGAAGACUUUGCAGCCUGAGCAAGCAUUUCACCCUCUGGAAGAGGACUCUUGUUCUGUGACUUCCUCGACUACAACAUCAUCAAGAGCUGGCAGAACUAAGACAACUGUUCCUGUUGCCCCAUCAUUUGUGUGUGCUAACCGUGCUGACAAGAGGAAGGAGUUCUACACAAAAUUAGAGGAGAAACAUAAAGCUUUGGAAGCAGAGAAGGACGAGGCUGAGGCCAGGAAAAAGGAAGAGCAAGACGUUGCUAUAAAGCAACUAAGGAAGUCAUUGGUGAUUAGAGCGAAACCCAUGCCAAGCUUCUAUCAAGAAGGCCCCCCACCAAAGGCUGAACUUAAGAAGGUGCCUCCUACUCGUGCCAAAUCACCAAAGUUUACAAGCUCAAGGAGAAAGAGCUGCAAUGACACACCACAGACACCCGAGGGAAAAAACACCAACGCAACAUCUACCACCCGGCCACAUCGUCACAGCAUCGGGGCUUCUAAAGAUGCCAGCAGAGUACAGUGCUCGCCGAAGAGCGGCGUGGCGACCAAAACUAGAUCUGUCAAGCCUGAGCUGAAGGCCCUCUGAAGCGCAUGCGUAGCAUUCAAGUGCUGCGAUUGUCUCUGUACAAACAGAAUCGCCUGACUCUUAGCCGUUUCCAUUUGCAUGCAUUUUUUUUGUUUUGUUUUGUUCUAUACCCAGCAUCUCCACCAAAAAGAAGGCUGUAGGGCCAAUGACGUUGUUCGCGCUGCUGGACCUUGUCUCCAUUUUCGUCUUGUACUCGUUAAGAACUCUGUUGCUGCUGGGACCAUGUGACAUUCAUUCCAUGUAAAUUACCUGGGGAUCCCGGUAGGGAGCUCGACU